UUUGUUAUCAAAAUGAAAAGUUUAGUACUUAGUUAAAUCUUUUUUUCUUUUAUAAAACAUAAAGUGUUUAGGUAAAAUGUUCUAUAAAACAUAUUUUUUGUGCUAUUUACUUGGAUUAAUGGUUUUAAAGGAAGUUAAUGGUUUACAAAAACGCUGUAUAAAAUGUCGUUCACGUGGUGAGUUGGGUUCAUGUGGGGAUCCAUUCCCUACCAAUGUGACCGAGUCAGAGGACCAGGUGGGAAUUCAUGUUGUAGCAUGUCCAUCAGGCUGGUGCGGCAAAAUGAUUGAGGGCACCACAGGUGCUUUCAGAACUGAUGAUUACGGAGCUGCGACACAAAGGAUGUGUUUACAACGUUCGCCCAGUGACGAUGAGGAACGUUGUGCGUACACCAUGUGGAAUCAUAAGAAAGUGUACAUGUGUUUCUGUACUGGUGAUCUUUGUAAUUCCGCUGUAAGAUCACAGUUAGUUCUGCCUAUUUUAUUGUUAAGUGUUCUAUCUAUAUUGUAUAAUUAUUACCAAACUUAAAUGUUCUUUAGAUAUAUAUGUGAUAAUUAAUGUCCGUCCAUUUUUGUAUGAAUUUUUUAUAAGAUGCUUAAAGUAGUCAUUAACUAUAAAUGUAGUAUAAAUUAUUUCUUUAUUGCAUUGUGUUCUUUAUCUAGUUGAUUAAUUGUUUGUCCUGUUAUAUAUAGUCAGGUAAAUAAUACUAUUGAUGGCACUGGUAAUUUUUAUUCAUUAAAUAAAUACAUUGCAGGGUAAUAAAUAUAUCUUCCUCAAUAAAACUAGCCAAAUUUUAUAUGAAAAUAAAAAGGCCUUUAAUCAUAACAAUGAUCUGAUUACUCAUAAGAAUGAUCUGAGAGAAAUUUUUAUAUAAUAUAAGGUAGGUUAUGAAUAUACAAUGUUAUGAAUUUUUUUCUAUAUAUAUAUAUAUAUAUAUUAAAUGUCUGUAUGGCCAAAAUUGUGAUAAAAAUCGUAAUUUGUGGUGUUCAAAACAUUUCAUAGGUAUAAUUUCAAUACAAUGGUAGAUCAUGUAUUUUUUUUAAUGUUCACAGUAGAUGUUUAAACACAUUCGGUCCCAUACAAUGGGCCAUAAAAACUGUUUCGGGAGUUAUUAAAUAUAAAGGAAAGAAUAAAAGCUUUCAUAAUAGAAUUCAGUAAAAGUUUGUUUACAAAAUUUAUUUUGUUUCCUUGUCCUUAUAUAUAAAAAAUUCGGCAAAUAAAUAUGAGGUAUUUUAUAUGUAAUAUUUUCCUUAACUUCAACAUGUAUAGUAGAUAUAAGAUGUAUAGAUAUAUUAUUAUGAUUUAACAA